GUGUGAAGUAAACAUAUCUUUGACAUUGUCCCCCCGGGUUUAUUAGAGUUAAAUAUGGCUUCGCUGUCUUUAAACACGAUAAAACAAGUAAUGAGAGCCAUGGUAGAUACCCCAGGCUUCGACAAAGUCCUGAAGAAGGUGGACAUUUUGUCUGCCGUCCCGGGUAAGGUAGUGUGUGAGAUGAAGGUGGAAGAGGAGCACACUAACCGUGGAGGGACGCUGCACGGCGGGCUGACAGCCACACUGGUCGAUGUCAUCUCCACCAUGGCCAUCAUGAACAGUGACAGGGGGGCACCGGGGGUUAGUGUGGACAUGAACAUAACAUACAUGAAUGCUGCCAAGAUUGGAGAGGACGUACUCAUCACUGCUCAGGUUCUAAAGCAAGGGCGGACAUUGGCGUUUGCCACAGUGGACCUCACCAGCAAGGCCACAGGGAAGCUCAUAGCACAAGGAAGACACACCAAACACCUUGGCAGCAGCUAAACUGUCUCCAGUCUGUAACUCACAUGAUCAUGUCACUGUACUGUCAUAACAAUGAACUCCAAGCCUGUAAAUAGUUUGUGUGUACAAUGUAGUUAACAGUGGUGUGUGCAACAAAUCCUGCUCAUGGCUAGUUACUUAGUGACGUGUUGUUACCACGGUCACAUAUUGCAGUUACAGAGAAACGAAUAUCUGUAUGGCCAGAAUCAACUUUGACCUCACUGCAUCAAUGAUUCAUGCACAUGCAAUAAAACAAAUGGACAA